AUGGAUUCUUCAGCAUCUCACAGGCUCUUUGGGGUUCCAGAGCUUCUCGAGGAAAUCCUCCUCCAAGUUGAUCUACCCACCUUGCUCACUUCAGCUCAGCGGGUCUGCUGUAUGUGGUAUCGUGUCACCCAAGAUUCAAGUGCUCUCCAGAAAGCUCUCUUCUUCAAGCCUUCUGAGAAGCGGGUUGACCCAGAGGAAAGACGUAUAAACCCAUUCGUCGAGUCAAAUCUCUGGCAUGGUCUAUUUCGCAAACGCAAACAGACCCAUAAACGCUCGCCGGCGCAAUCCGAGGCCUUGCCUCUUCUUGGACCCCACGAGGAGGAGGUUUAUCUUCGAAGAGAAGCCAGUUGGAGACGCAUGCUGCCCCAGCAGCCACCCUCCAACAACAUCACCGUUGUUGGACCUUGGUACCUGGAUAUCAGAACGCUUAUCUCCUCGCAACUCACGCUCAAACCUCACAGAGACUGUCGUCGACUGGGAGAUUUGUAUUCCGGCAUCGAGAAGGGGGUUAUUUUCCCAGCGCAGGAUCCAUUCGUGUUCCGGUUCGCUGUAUUUUCCGAAAUACUUGAGCGGGAACUGAGGUCUCUGUGGUCCACCAUCCCUAUCUCGAAGCUCCUUAUUGAUUGUGAUGUUGUAUUCUUCCAUAUGGGCUGGGAUCCCAGGUAUGACAGUUGGAACGAAUUCGAGAAUUGGCUGUGGCCACUGGGCAAAUUUGAAUUCACUUUCGGCGGGGGUUUAUAUAAUAACUGGGACUUUGGCUCCCCAAGAGUAAAGUAUGGGAGCGAAAAGCUCCUUCAAGGAGAAGUGAAGAAAGACCUUGAAUUGCCUCCUCCUCACGCCAUGUUUGACACGGUCUGCACCCUCCCGCUCUCAGCGGACCUGUUCUCGCAGGCCAUUCAUCCGCGAGAGCCAAUUGUCUCUGUUGGGCUGUCUACUGGCCACGUCCAAACUUUUCGGCUUCCGUCGGAGGAGAGCGACAGCGACGAUGACGGGGCUGAGUCGACUUCCUCGUCACGCAAUGGCAAGGGACACAUUGAUACGAUGUGGAGGACCCGCCGACACAAGGGGAGCUGUCGGUGUUUAGGGUUCGGGGUGGAUGGGGAGAUGCUGUACUCUGCGGGGACGGAUGGGUUGGUCAAGGCCGCAAAGGCGGAGACCGGCGUGGUGGAAAACAAAAUUGCGAUUCCUCCUGCGAAGGAUGGAUCGGUCGAUGCUCCGACAAUCGUUCAUGCGCUCUCCCCUCAGACUCUCCUCCUCGCUACCGACUCCAGCGCACUCCAUCUCUACGACCUUCGAAUCCCCUUCUCACCCGUGUCUGCUCGGCCGCAGCAGACACAUCAUCCCCAUGAUGACUACAUUUCGUCUCUUACACCGCUCCCUCCGUCGGAUACCAGCACCUCGGGCUUCAGCAAGCAGUGGGUGACUACCGGUGGCACUACGUUAGCCGUUACAGACCUCCGCCGCGGUGUCCUAGUGCGCAGCGAAGAUCAGGAAGAGGAAUUGGUAAGCUCCGUUUACAUCGGCGGAUUACCCGCGGGGGGGACGAGCCGCGGUGAAAAGGUGAUCGUGGGAGGUUCCAGCGGGGUCUUGACACUCUGGGAGAAAGGGGCCUGGGAUGACCAAGACGAGCGCAUCUACGUCCAGCGUGAAGCCGGAGGCGGGGAGUCGCUGGAGACCCUGGCGGUUGUUCCUGACGAGCUCGGAAAGGGCAAGAUGAUUGCGGUCGGCCUUGGAAGUGGUGGAGUGAAAUUCGUCCGGAUCGGUAUGAACAAGGUCGUUUCGGAAGUCAUGCAUGACGAGACCGAGGGCGUCAUCGGUCUGGGAUUCGACGUUGAAGGACGCAUGGUCACUGGCGGCGGUCAGAUCGUCAAGGUCUGGCACGAGGCCGUCGGCUCAGAUGGAAUGGACGGGGAUAUGGCGGGCGGGAAACGCAUGUUUGGCGGCGAUAGUGACGACAGCGACGAUGAUGCCGACUCGGAUGAUAGCGAUCGUGAGAGUCGCAAGGCUGCUCCGCCUCAACGAAAGCGCAAGAAGAACAAGGGCAAGGGAGGCCAAGACAUUAUGGCCUUUGCCGACAUUGAUUGA